CAGCCGUCCGCGCGCUGCUCGCGCCCGCGGAACUGCGGCUGCGGUUCGGAGCGGGUUCAGGGGCUGCUUGUCUUGAGUGAGCUGGAAGGGUUGCCAAGCAGGUUGAUUUGGAGACAUGUCCGCGUCGGUAAAAGAAAGCCUUCAGCUUCAGCUGCUGGAGAUGGAAAUGCUGUUGUCUAUGUUUCCAAACCAAGGAGAAGUAAAACUGGAAGACGUAAACGCCCUAACGAACAUAAAGAGGUAUCUGGAAGGCACUAGGGAGGCGCUCCCACACAACAUCGAAUUUGUGAUCACGCUUCAAAUUGAGGAGCCCAAGGGGACAAUUGAUUUGCAAGUGACCAUGCCUCACAGCUACCCCUACGCGGCUUUGCAGCUGUUUGGACGGUCACCUGACCUUGACAGACAACAGCAGCUUCUUCUCAACCAAGGUCUCACCGCUUAUCUGGGGACCUUUGAUCCGGGUGAGCUGUGUGUCUGCGCAGCCAUCCAGUGGCUGCAGGACAACAGCGCAUCCUACUUCCUCACCAGAAAGCUGUCGGGUGAGCCGUCCACACAAGCAAAGCCGGUCAAGAACACGUUCCUCCGGAUGUGGAUCUACAGCCACCACAUAUAUCAGCAGGACCUCAGGAAAAAGAUUCUGGAAGUGGGCAAGAGGUUAGAUGUGACUGGAUUUUGCAUGACGGGAAAGCCUGGCAUAAUCUGUGUGGAGGGCUUCAAGGAUCACUGUGAGGAAUUCUGGCACACAAUCAGAUACCCCAAUUGGAAGCACAUUUCUUGCAAGCACGCCGAGAGCGUGGAAACAGAGGGGAACGGUGAAGACCUGCGCCUCUUCCAUUCUUUUGAAGAAUUACUCCUUGAGGCCCAUGGCGACUAUGGACUAAGGAAUGAUUAUCACAUGAACCUGGGCCAGUUCCUAGAGUUUCUCAGAAAACACAAAAGUGAGCAUGUUUUUCAGAUACUAUUUGGUAUUGAAAGCAAAAGUUCAGAGUCCUAGGACUCCAUUAAAAUGCUUGUAAUUGUACUAAGUAUUUAUGUUAAUAAGACCAAAAUAAAAGGGCCAAUGGCUCUGUAUAAUUCUGGGUGAAAACCGGCUCUAGAAUUUUCUGACUGAUAAUGAAGCAAAUUCUAUCAGUGUAACUGUGAUGUUGUUUCCAGGUUGCUGUGUAAAGUCGUACCUGAAUACCAUUUCAUUAUAAAUUAAUAAAACAGUCUAU